UAAGCAAAGCGACGGAGUGAGAAAGAGAAAACAAACACGACGGAGGUUAUUGCAUCUCGCAGAGUGUUUAUUUUCGUGAGUCUGUCGUCUUAAAAGCGCAACUUAAAAGAGAAUGCAGACAUUUUUAGCUGACAUAGUCGAGCAAGAUUUUCCGAUGAUCUCUGUUCAUAAAGCGACUCUCGCCGGGACUGUUUACAAAGUCGUCUUCACCAGCUAAGCUAAUCGCUGUGCACCAACACUCUGAGUAAGUCGGGCUGCUGUUAGCCUAAGCUCCCACCUUCUCUACCUAAAAUGGCAGCCCUGCUACAGCGACCCCACGCGGCUGUGCUCUGUUUGUCGAUGCUCUACUUGACCGGUGGCAUGUCCAUCCCGGACCCCAAGCAGAGAGAGGCUCUAAUAAAGCAGGAGUCCUCCAUGCAGACAGGUGGGCAGCAGGUGUUGACUGACGCCGAACAGCGUCUGAAUGCUCGGCUGUUAAAAAUGAAACAAGACGAGAUGGAAAGAGAGGAAUUUCCUCCUGCUAUGCACUUCUUCAAGGCCAGGGAACUCAUCAGGAACAGUCCCAUCUUCAAGCUGCUGCAGAAAAUGCCUAAAGGUGGAGCUCUACAUCUCCAUGACUUCUCCAUGGUAGAUGUAGAAUGGCUGGUGAAGAACGCGACCUAUCGGCCACAUUGCUAUAUUUGCUUUACUAGCCGGUCCGUCAGAUUCAUCUUCUCGUCUCAGCAACCGAAACCUCUGCCAAAUUGCUCUUCUUGGGCCCUGCUGGAAAGCCUCAGGGCCAAGACUGUGAACACCACAGAUCUUGACAACAGCAUCAUGGGCAACCUGACGCUCUUCACUGAUAAGGAUCCAGAGGCAGUGUACCCCACUCAGACUGUGGUGUGGAGUAUAUUUGAAGAGACCUUCCAGGCAGCGUAUGGUCUGGUUACUUAUGCUCCUGUGUUCAAAGACUAUUUCUACCAGGGCCUCAGCCAGUUCUACAUGGACAAUGUUAUGUAUCUUGAACUUCGCGCUAUACUUCCAGAGAUAUAUGAUUUGGAUGGCCGCACUUAUGACAAGGCCUGGACUUUGAAGACCUGCCAGGACAUCUCAAGGCAGUUUGUAGCAAACCAUCCUGACUUUUUUGGCGUGAGAAUCAUCUUUACUGCCAAAAGGACAAUAAACACUAACACAAUGCUUAAAGUUGUGGAGGAGGCUAUGGAGCUGUACAGAGACUUUCCUGAUAUCAUGGCUGGUUUUGAUCUGGUGGGUUGGGAGGAUGGCGGGAGACCCCUGUGGUAUUACAGAGAUGCCUUGUCGCUCCCUGUAGAGAGAGGGGUCCCACUUCCUUUCUUUUUCCAUGCUGGAGAGACAAAUUCUCAGGGUACGGAAGUAGAUCAGAACAUAUUGGAUGCUCUUCUCUUUAAUACGUCACGCAUUGGACAUGGAUUUGCACUAACGCGCCAUCCAGUCGCCAAAGAGUGGUCUAGAAAAGAUGGGGUUGCUGUGGAGGUGUGCCCCAUCUCCAACCAGGUGUUGAAGUUGGUCAAAGACUUGCGAAACCAUCCAGCUGCUGCACUAAUGUCUGAAAACCACCCGGUUGUCAUCAGCUCCGAUGACCCCGCCAUAUUUGGUGCAUUUGGCCUCUCUUAUGACUUCUAUGAAGCUUUCGUUGGUUUGGGGGGCAUGCGUUCCCAUGUAGGCUCCCUUAAACAGCUGGCCAUAAACUCUAUCAGGUAUAGUUCUUUGACUCCCGAGCAAAAGGAGAAAGCACUGUCUCUGUGGCAGAGAAGAUGGGAUAAGUUUGUCUCUGAAAAUGCCUUUUAGUAGUAAACUUGCAUUUG